AUGGAGGAUAACAGAGAAGAAUCGCUUUGCCUAGCAGCCAGAAAUGGCGACGUUGUGAGAGUAAAAUCCUUGAUUGUAUCCGGUGCUGACGUCACGUACUUCGAUAGCACUGGCCAAACACCACUGAUGUACGCCGCGAAAAAUGGCUGUCCGGAGGUGGUGAAGGCACUCCUCGACGGUGGCGCACCAUGGAAUGCGCUCUCCCCUUCCAAUCUAUCCGCCGGAGACUUUGCCAUGGAAAAUGGCCACCAGUCCGCCUUCGACAUCAUUCUCAACGCAGGGAUACAAGCUGAAUUAAUUCUUGGAACUAUAGCUAGGAAAGAUAAUUCAGAUGGUAAGUCCAAUGGAUGUUAUUUGGAAGACAGAGUUACUUUUAGUGAGGAUAAGGUCAUGGACACAGAAAGCAAGGCUGUUAUGAUGGCUUGGGAGAAGCCGUUAAUGGAAGCUCAUGCAAAGGCUAUUUGUUCAAGAGGUGGGCACAUAUUGAACAUUGGUUUUGGCAUGGGUCUUGUGGAUACCGCCAUUCAACAAUACUCACCCGUGUGUCAUACUAUUGUUGAAGCUCACCCUGAGGUUUACGCUCGUAUGCUCCAGACUGGGUGGGGUGAGAAAAAGAAUGUGAAGAUAAUAUUUGGUCGGUGGCAGGAUGUCCUGUCUCAGCUGGAAUCAUACGAUGGUAUAUUUUUUGACACGUAUGGUGAAUAUUAUGAAGAUAUGAGACAAUUUCAUCAACAUCUUCCGCAACUAUUGAAGCAUGGGGGAAUAUAUUCCUUCUUCAAUGGUCUUUGUGGAGAUAAUCCAUUCUUUCAUAUGGUUUACUGUCAGUUAGUUGCCUUGGAACUAGAGAAUUUGGGUUACUCGACACAGCUGAUACCUUUACCUGUUAAGGAAUGUUUAGGAGAAGAAACUUGGGAGGGGUCAAUCAUAGAUGCAGCAUUCGAAUCAGUUCGCAAGCAGCAUGUUGCCAUAUUCUCGCUGCUCAGAUUCCAAAUUCCAGACGUCAGCGUGUUUGGAAUGGGCGUGCAAGUUUCGAAUAGCAAAUCGUCAUAA